GCGUGGCAGUUGUGGCCCCGGUUCAGUGCAGUUGUUAAUUGCAAUUUUGCCAGAAAUUUGAACUCAUAUUUUGAAACACCGACGCCAAAAUGAAAAUCUACAAAGAUAUCAUUACCAACGAUGAGAUGUUCGCUGACACCUACAAAAUAAAACUGGUUGAUGAGGUUAUCUACGAAGUCUAUGGAAAGUUAGUCACUCGCUCGGGUGAUCAAAUUCAACUUAGUGGUGCCAAUCCGUCGGCCGAAGAAGCGGAUGAGGGCACAGAUGAAGCAGUUGAAACCGGUGUCGAUGUGAUUUUGAAUCACCGCCUGGUUGAAUCAUUUGCCUUCGGAGAUAAGAAAUCCUACACUCUCUACUUAAAGGACUACAUGAAGAAUAUUCUCGGAAAGUUGCAGGAGAGUGCACCCGACCAGGUCGACGUUUUCAAAACCAACAUGAAUAAAGCCAUGAAGGACAUUUUGGGCCGUUUCAAGGAGCUCCAAUUCUUUACAGGAGAAUCCAUGGACGUCGAAGGCAUGGUCGCCAUGUGUGAAUACCGUGAUAUCGAUGGCCAGAGUACUCCAGUUCUAAUGUUCUUCAAGCAUGGGCUUGAAGAGGAAAAGGUUUAAACUGUCAUCUCCUUUCUGUAUGUUUCGAUUUAGUGGCUAAAUUGUGUUUACGGGAAGAACGAGCAACGCCCAAUGCAGGCAGGACAA